UUGAUAAUGCCUCAUGCUUUUAAUUAAUAAAAUAAUAAUUAAAUAUACAGAAACUAAUUCCUUAACAAACAGAAUUUUUUAGAAGCGAUGGUAUUAUUCCUUUAUAAAUACUUGAUAUUCCUUCUUUUUUGUAAAUUUAUUUUAUAAAAUCAUUAAAAUUAUUAGGGCAUUAUUUUUUUAAGGUUUAAAUAACAUAUCUAGUAUAAAUAAACUCUAAUGGAUGUAAAAUAAAUGUACAAAUACCCGAACAAAUAAAAGCACUGAAAGAAACUAGUGUAUAUUCAUUUUUUAUAUAUCCUCCUUUAUAGAAUUUAUUAAGGAUUUAAAAAUAUAAAUAAACUUCAGAAAAAGCCAAUAAAUUAUAAUAUAGUAAUCCUGAUUUAAAUCCCGUUGAGAAAAAAAAGUUUUAUUUUCCUUUAUGAAAAACCCUAAUAUUAUUAUAUUUUUAUGAAUAAGUUUCGUAUUUUAUACUAUCUUAGCCUAAUGGCUCACAUUAGAUUUUUAUUUUUAAUACAUUUGUAGGCUAUUAUACUAAGAAUGUCAAAGAAGUAGCUCCAAAAGUUCCUAAAUAUAUGACAAAUUCGGAAAGUUAUUAUUAUUAAGUUAUAUUUUUUCUGUCAAGUAAAAAAUCAAAAAAAAAAAAUCUUGCAAUAUUUGAAAAUAACAUUCGGUCUAUAUUAGCCUUUAAACCAUAAAAUAAACCAAAAUGAUUUUCUUUUUUGAUUAUUUCAUUAUAUAUUUAUGGUGUUUCUAAAAAAACGUAUUUCGAUUAUAAUUACGAACGUGCGAUUUCGCGUAUUUUUAAUCUAUCAAAAGGAUAUGUAAGAGUUUCUGAUAUUAAUGUCACAAUAGAAAUUACACCUAAU